GUCGAACUUCCGGGUUGGUUCCUGAUUCGUGUUUCGCCGGAAAUUUUGGUCGGUUUUGGACAAGUUUUCAUCGGUUUUCUCCUGAUUUAAGAACUCUAAGUCUUCAAAAAUGAGGCGAGCUGCAGCUGGUGAGGGCUAUGGCCAGGCCACCCAUCAGAUGUAUGAAGAUGAGAAUGAACAGUUGGUGGAUGGACUCAAGGACAAAGUCUCUGCCCUGAAAUCGUUGUCCAUUGAUAUUGGAAACGAGGUUCGAGAACAAAACAAGAUGCUGAAUUUGAUGGACAGUGACUUUGACUCAUCAGGAGGUCUCCUUGGUGCCACGAUGGGCCGACUCCAGAGGAUGGCACGGGCGGGGCACAACAAGAUCUGGCUCUAUAUGUUCUUCUUUGUGCUGUUUGUUUUCUUUGUCACAUACAUGAUUCUCAAGUUUCAGAGAUGAAAACUCUUUUACCAACAUCUCAAAACAAAUUUUCUCAUAGUAGUGACUUUUACAGAAAAGUAAUAUACAGUGUUUGUGAUUGCAAAAUGUACAGUGUAAUAUGUAUAAUGUCCAUAUGCCAUUAUAUGUAAUGUUAACAUCAUAAAUGGAAUGUAAACUCAAUAGAAAAUUAUACUCAAAUUUGAGAUGCAUAUGAAACAUUACGUCAAAGUUGUCAGAUAUCAUAAAGUGUACAUGUACAUGCCAAAUUUCAACCUCAGAAUUUGGAAAACUUUUGAAUUAUUGUACAAAUGUGAAGAAAUUUAUAAGGAAAACUAUAAGAUAUGGAGCAUGUGAUAUUUGGAAGUAAAAUUAAAGAAGUAUUGUGCCUUAUAUUGUGCAAAUAUAUUGGUAAGAUAUAUGGUCAUGAACAGGUCAAGAUUUUCUAGCCUGGUUAUGGCAUUGGUCCCUUGGAUUUCAUAUGAAUGUUGCUCUCACACAUCAAAUGAAGGUGUUCUCUUCAGUUCCAAGGUGAUAUAGUUGUCAUGGUGAUAUGGUUGUAGGACAGAUGUGUAGAAGACUACUUAAGACCAUACCAAUUUAAUUUUGAAAGAGCUUUAUAUCUCUUUCAUCCCUUAGCUCUAAGAGAUAUAAAGCUCGCAGGGGGAGACAUUGUAUCAACCUACUCAGCUUACUGAAGGGAGACCUGAAGUGCAGAGGGCUAGGCCCUACCACAACA